AUGGCAGAAGAACAAUCCCAUGACCCCGAACCCCCAGCAGGGGCAGUUGACCACCCCUCAACCCCAUCCCUACUGGCCGAUUACGACCUCACUCGCCCCCUCGCGGCAGGUCCAUCAGCCCACGGCCUCCGGCGCGGGCUCCCAGGAUAUGGCGAUCCGCACUUUGCGCUGUUCCUGCGCAAGGUGUUUAUCAAAGCGCUCGGGUACGGUGACGACGCGCUCUCCCGUCCCAUCGUGGGCAUCAUCAACACGCACUCGGGCCUGAACCCUUGCCACGCCAACGUCCCGCAGCUGAUCGAGGCGGCAAAGAGAGGAGUGCACCUGGCCGGUGGGCUGGCGGUCGAGUUCCCGACCAUUAGCGUCCACGAGAGCUUCGCCAGCCCGACCAGCAUGUUCCUCCGGAACCUGAUGAGCAUCGACACCGAGGAGAUGAUCCGCGCCCAACCGCUCGACGCCUGCAUAGCCGUUGGGGGUUGCGACAAGACCGUCCCUGCCCAGCUCAUGGGUGGGAUAUCGGCCGACAAGCCCGUGCUGCCGCUGGUUACGGGCCCCAUGAUGCCGGGGAGCCAUAGAGGGGCGCGAGUUGGCGCAUGUACAGACUGUCGCAGCAGCUGGGCUGCCUAUCGGGCUGGGACUAUAGAUAUCGAGGAGAUCGCCGCGAUCAACGAGGAGCUCGCCCCGACUGGAGGGACAUGUGGCGUCAUGGGAACAGCGAGCACCAUGGCCUGUGUCACAGCCGCCCUAGGCUUCAUGCCGCUGAAAGGGGCUAGCGCCCCGGCAGUAUCGUCAGCCCGGAUCCGCAUCGCCGAGGAGACAGGGCGGAACGCAGUCGCCGCUGCUGCCACCAACAGAACUCCACAGGGGCUGCUGACCGUCGAUUCGUUCCAUAAUGCCAUCACCGUCCUGCAGGCCAUCGGCGGCUCCACCAAUGCCGUGGUUCACCUGCUCGCCAUCGCCAACCGCCAUCCUCAGAUCCAGGGGCUAAUCACUCUAAAGACAUUCGACGACAUUGGCCGCGAGACACCACUGCUCGUCGACCUGAAGCCAAGCGGAGACAACUACCUGACCGAUUUCCACAACGCCGGCGGGAUGCUUGCCCUGCUCCACACGCUCCGGCCGCUUCUGCGCCUCGGCGCCGCGACCAUUGACGGACGAACGCUAGGCGAGGUUCUCGACGCCGAGCCCAUGACCCGCGAGUUCCCGUUCAUGAGGCAGAUCAUCCGACCACUGGCAGAUCCGCUAUAUCCUGCAUCGUCCCUGGCCGUCCUGCGAGGUAACAUCGCGCCUGGAGGGGCCGUGAUCAAGGCCUCGGCGUCCAAAGACCGUAGACUCCUGCGCCACCGCGGUCCCGCGGUCGUUUUUGCCAACAGUGCCGACAUGGCAGCCCGGAUCGACGAUCCGGAGCUUGAAGUGACUGCGGACAGCGUCCUCGUGCUGCAGGGAAUCGGUCCGGUUGGGAAUCCAGGCAUGCCAGAGGCGGGCUUGAUCCCUAUCCCGCGAAAGUUGGCCGCGCAAGGGGUGUCCGACAUGCUACGGCUGAGCGAUGGACGGAUGAGUGGGACUGCGGGCGGGAGCGUGGUACUUCACAUCUCACCCGAGUCGGUGCUGCCAGACAGCGUGUUUGGUAUUGUACAAAACGGCGAUAUGAUUCUGUGCGAUGUAGAAAACAGGCUUCUGCAGCUCGACGUCAGUGGCGAGGAGAUACAACAAAGAAUUCUCUCGAGAACUGAAACAAAGACCGAGCGGGAUCAAUCACAGGGCAAAAAGGUUCCUGUUCGGGGAUAUCGUGGCCUAUAUCUGCGCUCCGUCAACCAAGCACAGUUCGGUGUAGAUUUUGACUUUCUCACUGCCAAUGGAGGACUGGAUGUGACGUAA